AUGGCCGCUGAUUGGAUCCACUCUCUUCUCUUCUUCAGCUUUGCACUCUGUGUUUUGAGUGCGAGACCAAAUGAAGAUCAGCCCGAGCAGAAUCUACCAACUGUUCAAAUCAUCAAUUCUUUGCCACCGAACUCACCACCACUGAAUGUCAGCUGUUCUUCCAAGAACUUCAAAUUGGGUGCGCGCUCAUUUUCUGUGGGUGAAGCCUACGAAUUUAAAGUAAAGGAAAAGGAUAUAUAUUUCUGCGCAGCUCAAUGGGAAAGAUAUUUUGAAUCGUGGCAUGGUUUUGAACCACAUAGAGAUGAGAAUCAUGGAACUGUGUAUUGGUUGGUGAAGAAAGAUGGGUUCUAUCGUAGCUGGGAUAAAGCCAGUUGGGUGCUGGAAGAUCCAUGGGAAACCGAGUGA